UCGUCAGGAAUUCGGCCGGAAGAUACGGACAUCGCUGCUGCAAAAAUACAGGCCGCAUACCGGGGACACCAGACUCGCAAAGAGCUGAAAUCACCAGAGUCGUCACAGAGCAAAAAACGUCCACAGAAAACGUCACCUGUUUCUGAUGAUAAUAAGAUGAAAGAAGAAGACGUUGCCGCAGCAAAGAUACAAGCUGGAUAUAGAGGGUACUUAACGCGGAGAAAUGUAAGUAACAAUCAGAUUCAGCAGAGGAAACCUGACAAGGAUAAUGAAAAAGAUCAAGCAGCUGCAAAAAUCCAGGCUGGUUAUCGGGGAUAUCAAGAAAGAAAAUCGAUAUCUAACAAAACUGAAAAUGCUGCGGCUUCUAAAAUUCAAGCAGGGUAUCGGGGUUAUCAAACUCGCAAAGAGCUUGGAUCACAGACAAGUCUGAAUCAGAAAGAAGAAGCUGCAGCGAAGAUUCAAGCAGGUUAUCGUGGAUACCAAACUCGCAAACGCAGUGCUGUUGAAAACGAUGCAGCAAGAAAGAUUCAGUCAGGUUACCGCGGACAUCUAGCGAGAAAAGAUCUAGAGUCUUGCCAGAAUUCAGCAGAAAAGGAUGUGGUGAAAGAUGAAGAGAAAGAAGCAGCAGCUGCAAAGAUACAAGCUGGAUUUCGAGGACACGUCACACGGAAAAAACUCGCCAGCGAACGACGGACUCCAGAACGCCAGAACAGCCUUGACCAGCUUGACAGGGAGAACGAAGCCGCUCUGAAAAUUCAAUCCCAUUAUCGAGGCUAUCGUGCUAGGAAGGAUGUUGCUCAACGGAGAGCA